UUCCGUAGAAGGUAAAUGUCUCCCUGACAGCCUGCACGUUUUGAAUUUCGUUUUCGUUGUACUCUUACAUAAGUGAAUAAGCUCUGUGGCAUUUGAUAAUACGUGCAAAUAAAGAGCAUAACGCGAAGUUACGAUGCAAUAAGCGGCGUGUAACAUUGAUUAAAAUCGGUGCCUGACGCAAGAGAGAUAUCACGGAGGAUCAUGGCUGAAAGCGGGGGUCCUUCACCAAGCAUGGCAGAGGAGGCUGACGACGUGGUGGUCAUUCGGAUGACAGCCAGGGGACCACGAACGCUAAGACGCUCUUCAAGUCACCUUCCAUCCGAGUCCCUCUCGUCCUCGAUCAACGGCCUCGAGAGCAUCAGCGAGAGCGAGACCUUAAGUCCGAGCCCGACUUCGAAAACGAUAAGUCCGUUCUCCGUCUGCCGCCGCGAGUUCUUCAAGUUCGCCGGCAGGAGGUGGACUCCGAGCACCUGGUGGGUGUAUGAAGGAGUAUUCGACCCCUUUCAAGUUUUCGAGGUUGAACACGAAUCAUGCCUGGACUUCGAGAUCACAAUCAAGAGAGGCGAGUCAAUCACCAAAGGCAGUACAUUGAAAGAUCUCAUGGACACUCCAGACCCUUACGUCAUCCUGAAGAUCCCCGGCUGCUCCAAUUCCUCUAAGAGAACUAGCCAUGUUGAUAACUGUACAAAUCCCCUUUGGAAUGAGACCUUUCACUUUUAUUUGGACCCGGGAAAGGAACACAUUUUGAAGGUGUUGUUAAUGGAUGCUAACUACACGGUGGAUGAAACACUCGGUGAAGACUCAUUUUGUGUCAAUGAACUUACCAAUGAUGUUGCGGUUGAACACACAUUCAUCUUCCCGGGAGGUUCAAAGGUUCACACAGAGCUCAAACUACAGAAAAACAAAACACCAGACUUGCGGUUCUCUUUGGCGCUGUGUCAGGCAGAGAAAACUUUUCUACGAAGUCGCCGCAGGAAAGUUCUUGAGGGGAUGCAGCGCAUACUAGGUGCCAAAGCUCCAAGCACUGAGAAACAGGUUCCAAUCUUAGGUAUUCUGGGGUCGGGUGGAGGCUUCCGGGCCAUGAUGUGCAUGAGCGGGGCUGUGAAAGCGCUACAGGAGACGGGAAUCCUGGACUGUGCUACCUACAUCGCGGGGCUCUCGGGGUCAUCCUGGUACAUCUCAACGCUCUAUGCCCACGAUAAAUUCCCAAACGUAACACACGACCAGAUUCAGAAAGAACUCCGGGCAUCAGUAACCAGUGAUUGGAAAUGGAAGCUACUCAAUUCAGCAUCUUACGUCACCAGUAUGAUUGCCAAGUACAAACGAGGCCAACCAGUCUCUUUCACAGACUUCUUUGGACAUCUCCUGGGUGAUGUCCUCUUAAAAGGGGCCAAGCACAAAAAGCUGACAGACACGCAGAAGAUUUUGGUCCAGGGUAUAGUGCCCAUGCCUCUGUACACAUGCCUCCAUGCCAAGCGAAAUGUCUCGUGUCGGUCUUUCUCGGAAUGGGUAGAGUUUUCACCAUAUGAGAUUGGUAUCGCAAAGUAUGGUACUUUCAUGAAAUCUGAGGAUUUUGGAAACAAGUUUAUUGUUGGGAAGAAAAUCAAGCAUUUUGAAGAACUUCCCUUACAUUUUCUGCAAGGUAAGAUCCUUCUUUUUAGUGCUUUUCCUUUAAUUUCCCUUCCCACUUUCUCUAUUGUUGUUAUUAUGGAACCAUUAUAAUAUAUAAUCUCAGAGUUUCGAAAAAGAAAUAUGAUCUGUCACGAUAAGAUCGACGACCUACACAGCUCAGGAGACGAUUCAGAAACAGAGGACGAAGAAGACAUCGAAGGCCAUGAUGACAAGGAGAUCGAUGACGAAGAAGAGAUCAGCAUGAUGAAGCUGAGUCUCGCAGAUCAGCCAGCCACCGAGGGUGAUGCCUCAGCCGCUGGUGCUGGCAAGAGCGAGCAAGCUGAGGCCACGGAAGAAAGGCGCAGGGUCUCAGUGGCUUCCAUGGAGACCAAACCACAGCCCGAACAGAAGACCGCCAAGAAGAGUUUGAACAAGAUUGCAAAGUCGAUGGAUAGUCUCAUAGGCCACUCGUUCAGCAACAAAGCCCAGAACACAGAACAGGAGGCAUCAGAGAGCCGAGACAUCUUGCCCAAAGCUUUCAGUUUUGAUACGACGAAGAGGAAAGUCUCCAGGGACAACCACAGGAAGUUCAGCACGGAGAGUGACCCUGGAGUGAGGACGGAGUUUCAGACACAGGGAGCUUCGAGGCUGGUUCGCCAGGGAGCCAUCAAAACGGUACGUCUCGGCAAGGCGAAGAAGGUCGAUGAGACGGAGGAGGCCAAUCCAGGGCAGAAAGUGUGGGCUGAGAGGAGAAAAACUCUAAGAAAGACCAGGGUUGAGAAAAAGGCAGGCUUAUGGGAAGGCCUGAAGCAGAACAUCAUGAUGGGCACCAACAUACUGAACUCUCGAGCCGGAAGAGCAGGCGAGGUACUGAACCCCUUCCGAGGACUUUCCCUUAGGCAUUCAUUCCCAAUCUCUCCUUUUGCAACGGAUGGAAUGGAGGAGGAAGAUCAGGUUGAUUCGGAUAACUUCGGCGCAGGCUGUAGGUACGAACCGCUAGAUAACAAAGCCAAGAAGCUGUUCAUCGUAGACUCUGGCUUGGCUUUCAAUUCUCCUUAUCCACUGCUCUUGAGGCCACAGAGAGCUGUUGAUAUAUACCUCUCCUUUGACUUCUCCCAGAGGCCCGAGGACAAAUCGCAGCCCUUCAAGGAACUGCUGUUGGCUGAGCGAUGGGCAAUACAAAACAAGGUUCCUUUCCCACCCAUAGAAAAACAGGUUGCGCAGUAUGAGAAUGAAGAAGUUCGAGAGUGUUACGUGUUCAAACACCCAACGGACCACUUCUGUCCCGUUAUCUUGCAUUUUCCAUUAGUCAAUACCAACUUCAGGAAGUUCAAGGCUCCAGGUGUACCUCGCGAAACCAAAGAAGAAAUGGAGUUCGCCGACUUCCCCAUCUUCGACGACCCCAACAACUCCUUCUCGUCCAUGAACUUUGUGUACGAACCCGAGCAGUUUGACCGGCUGACAAAGCUCGUAGAAUUCAACACCCUCUUCAGCAUAGACACCAUUAAGAAAGAGCUCGAGGAAAUCACCGAGAGGAAGAAGAGCUUGACCUCAAAGACCCUGACCUUUAGUGAUGUGGUGAAGACCGUUAAGCGUGUGUCGAGUUUCCAGAAUAAAAACAGUGGUAGAGAACUGAAGCUAACCUUGUCUCAGCAGAACGAGGAUCUGUUGAAAAAGUAUGUGAAUGUGAACAAACUUGCUGAGGCUGACAGUUCUGACGAAGAAGAAUUCACUGAUGCUCUUCAAGAAUUGUGAGAAAUGAGGGUGGAAAUAGAGAUAUUUUUUAUUAUUAUUUAUAGUGAUUGAAAGCUCAAGUUGAUGAGUAAAGUGACCAAUGUGCUAAGCCCAUGUCUUACCAUGCUAAAUGGUAGUGCAGUUCCUUUUAUUUUUCUUGUUUCGUUCUCCCUUGUCUUCUUUAUCACGUGACCUCUGCCCACUCCUCCAUACUACUUUCAUUCCCGUCAUCAGUCGUAAAGGAAGCGUUUGAUUUGGAUAUGAUAGUGUCGAGAAAUUAGUAAUAUUAAGUACGGUUACAGCUGAGAAUCUUAUUUAUUUUUUACAAAGUUGCAUGUAUUCAAAUAAUCCAUUGUUUGUGCUUUGCGAAUAACCAAUACAUACAGACUUGUUAUAUUUUGGCUAAUGUUUGGUUUUAUACCAUUCAUACUAUCAGUUCAUGAGUUGAUAAGCCCUACAUUCUGGGUAUUCAUGUUACCAAGCUUUUACACUAACCAUUUGCAAUUUCUACUCUCAUGAAUGAGAAACAAAUGCACUGCUUUAUGAAGGCAAUUGAGCAUUAGAACACAAGAUUCCUUUAACAAUGGAUAGGUAUAUGCAAAUUAUUUUUAUCAUUUUAUCAUUAUAUGUGAUCAUUGUACGAAAAUUUGCAUCUAUUAUAUAUUCAUGGAUGAUGACUCGCGUUGCAUUGUUAGAUCUUCAUUCUUCACCUGGUCUCUCAAUAUGCAGAGAGAGAAUGCUCAUGUAAAAUAUAUGUAGGUUCAGAGGUGCCUUGGGGACCAUUAUAUGUGUAGCUGGCUGUUAGUGAUAUAUUUCCUUGAACGCUGUACAAAGUGAAGAUUUAGUUACAAAUGGCGUAUAUCAGCAGAUUUUGCUGAUGUGGUCUGACUGCAUGAUUAUGAUUAAGACAUAACUGGGGUCUGUGGUAAAGUUACAUUUUUUUCUUUAGCUUUGACAAGGAAGCAAGGAAAGUUUACCUGUGAUUGAAAUGACACCUUUUGUAUUAUUGAAUAUUAGGGUACUCUGUGAUGGCUGUACAAAGUUAAUCUAUUUAUUUCCACAUUGUAAUGUAUUGUUUGCACACGCCUGUUACUUGUUUAAGGGCAAAAAUACAUUUCCAAUAAAGAAAAUUUACAUAAAA